CAAGUAGCAGUGUGUUUAGGAAACAUUUUGUGCUGGUAGCAGAGAAAAUGUUUAUGUUCACGAUCGUCACUUUGCUGGCCACUCUGACGGCCUCCACGCUGGCUACGCCUGUCUCAGUACUUCACCACUAUGCUCCAGUUAAGAUAGGGGUAGCUCACGCGCCUGUGACCCUUGCCCGACCUGUUGCAGUUGCUCAUCAUGAAGCCGUCGAAGUCGAACACUACGCUCCUCCUCACUACGAGUUCAAAUACGGAGUGAAAGAUGAUCACACUGGUGACAUUAAGGAGCAGGCUGAGAAGCGUGAUGGAGAUAGAGUGGAAGGCUACUACAAGCUUGUUGAACCUGACGGUACAAUCCGUACCGUGCACUACACGGCCGACAAACACACAGGGUUCAACGCUGUCGUGGAGAAGUCUGGACAUGCGACCCAUCCUGCUCCCGUUCUGAAGAAAGUUGUUGUCCCUGUGAAGAAAGUUCUGGCCGCACCAAUCACCUACUCGCACGCAGCCCCUCUUUAUACCCACUCAGCUCCUAGCUACGCAUACCACUAAUCCUCUCUUAAAGUUGUUACGUCAAAACAUCUUCACAAGUAAAUAUCAUCAAGCUCAUUAUACGUGUUUGUUUUUGUCUUGUUAG